AAAUGAAAAAAUUAGCCAUUUUGUCAAAGAAGUACGCAGUGGAAGUGAUGUGUAUCAAUAAAAAAACAAUGAAUUUAUGAUUUGGCUAUUCGAUGAUUUUGUGUAAAAUCGAUUAAUGAAGUAUUGUUAACCAUAAAGUCGUAAUGAUUUAGAAGAAUAGUGUUAUAGAUAACGCUGAAUUAUGUACGUUAGAAUAAUAUUUGUGUACGGAUAAUUAUGAAGUGUUUGGAAUGGUGUUAGCAUAUUCAGCCAAAUGAGUUUUCAGCCUAAUUCAGGUAUCGAAAUAAAGGAUAUAGUAUUAUAAAUGGAAUAUUUUUUGCCCCGUUGCAUCACGAAUGCAUAGUUUCCCAGAAUUUCAGGUUAAUGGCAGAUUUUUUUUGUUGAGAAAAUUAUAUUUCAAUGGGCAAAAUGGCUGCCGUCGGCAUGUUUGGUUGUGAAUUAAAUUUGAAUAACGUAUAUAUAUAUUGACAUCCAUUUCAUUGAAUAGUGUGGAGUGUUGUCCAGUGUAAAAAAGCAAUGUGCUUUAACAGGGAAGAAUUUGGUGCUAAAUUCGCGUUAGAUUGAUUUCGCAAUCUCGAUCUAGGUAGGACUCAAACAAAACACCCUGUUUGGCUUAAAAACGACAAUCGCAGAACUGAAAACACGUCACCGCACUAGAGAUAAAUAAUACCCGUUCGAGAGGGCAGUUUCCUGUACUUCACCAUCUCUGGUCCAACAGGAAGACACAGCGUAUUCGUGCGCCUUCUGCAAUCUUUUUGGAAAAGCUGAGACUCUGAAGCACUACAUUAUAGCGCAUAUCUGGAAUAAACCACGCGCACGGCAAAAGAUUGUUAAAAUGCGUGACAAUACGGAUGAUGUUAGUCCACAAGUGUGGAAAGAAUGGAUACUCGAAGCCAUUCGACGUAUACGAUGUCAAAAACAACGCCCAAGUGUUCAAAGGAUUUGCCAAGCAAUUGGGAGCCACCAUAAGUUCCAUGAGGACAUUGUGGCAGAGAAACUUGAAGAAGCAGUGGAAGCUGGAGCUGUGUUAAAGGUGUAUAACAAAGGCCUGCAUUCGUACAAGGCACCUACCAGUACACAACGCCGUAUGGUUUUAGUUACGAAUGAUAGUGAUUUAUCGCGAUUGGUAGCUAAAGCAGUUCGUGAUUUAGGCGAAUGUGAUGGAUCCAGUCUAAAAUCAAUUGAAAACUAUGUCCAACAGACAAACAAUCUGAAUAUAAUGUUCGACACAGAUUUCAAUCAAGUGAUAAAAAACUCUAUAAGAGUUGCAUUAGCAGAUGGUACAUUGUUACAGGAAGGAAAACUAUACAAAUUGGGAAGCGUGGUUAAACCGUUCGCAAAGCGAAAAUCAAUUUCUCCUAAGAAAAAAGAGAAGGUAGACGGUGAAACAUCGAAUACGAAAGCUACCAAUAUUGUUUGUGUGGAAUGUCUAGGUACGGAAUCGAAGGGACCCACUGGUAUUCCGGAGGUACUGAGUUCUUGCAGCGGGUGCGGUAUGUCAUUACACAAUAAAUGUGCCAACAAUGGCACCACUGCUACUGUACCAUUGGCUGCUUUGUCGAGAAAAGGCAAUAAGUGGUUCUGCGAGGAGUGUAAAACCUGUGAUGCCUGUUUGACACAGAACGAAAAAGGACCUUGUGUACUCAGUUGCAGUGAUUGUGGAAGAAAUUUUCAUUUUACUUGCAUGGAACCCGAAGUUAACGAUGCGAAAAAAGUUAAAACACUCUGGAGAUGUACGUCAUGUUUGAACGAGUAUAAUAAAAAUCGCAUGUCCGUGAUGGAGUCACCGCAAUGUGACACGCUUUUACGAAAGAGGAUAGAAGCCACACAGAAGCCACAAUCAGAAGAAAGGAAAAGAAAAAAGUCUGUACCGAUUAAUAAAAUGGUACCAGAGACUCUAACAAUUGAUAAAAACGUGGUAUCACCAAUGCAUGGAAGCUCAAGUGCUGUGAUGAAAACGCCAAAGACAAAUUCAUCGUCUAAAAUUGGCAAUCCGCGUCGUAUCAAAAAGCAACAAUCUCAGUCGCCAGAGCCUCCUGAACGGAACGAGAAAUUGCCCGGUAAACUUUUCAAUACAUUUUCUUCUACUCUUGUACCAAAUCCGAUGAUGAUGACGAUGAUGUCCAAAACUGGUAUAAACGAAAAAAACCUAUUUUUGAAUCAGUCUGCGCCAUUGUUUUAUCGCGACCCGAUGGACUUUCAUCUGUCAUUAGCUAAGCAUCCAAUGUUAGGAAGUUCAGAUUGUAUGUCACAUGAUAAUCAACAUAUUUUACAAUAUUCUGGUUUAUCAAACAAACGAGCAAAGAAUAAAUCGAAAAGCACCAUUAAGUUGUCCCAAACCGCUGAAUGCAGUGUAAGACAAGUAGGUGACACCAGUAAACUUGCUGCAGAUAACGAUACAAAAAAAUCGAUGUCUAUGUGUCAGAAAAAUUAUUCGCCAUGUACGGAACCAGACUCAAAUCUCUGCAAAGUAAGCUGUCGUGAUGUGCAGUUGUCCACUACAUCAUCCGACUCAUCGAGUAGUGACAAUGAAGAUGACAAUAACACCUCUAGCGAUACCUGCAGUAGUAGCUCUGCGAGUAACGAUUCCGAUGAAAGCGAAAGUUCUAAUGAGCCAUUAGCAUUAUAUGAUAGUAGCAACUGUGAUAACAUUCAAACUCAUUGGCCUGCUGCAAAUAGUAGCAAAUCAGCUCAAAUCGGAUCUGUUAUAUUGGAAGGAAGUGAACAAAAUAAAAAAAUCAUGACAGCGUUCGUGGCCAAUAUGCUAACCAACAACGAUCCAUGGGGGUUUGCUGCCGAAGCAAAGAAAAAUAUAGAUAUCUUUAGUGGUACGUCGGAAAAGAUGGUUACAAUUGAAACAAUAUCGGCGAAUAAAUUACGGCGAGAUAUUAAACACAAACCUGUAGAAGCAAAAAAAUCGAACAAUGGGCUAAAGCCUUUACUAGACACUUCCGAGAAACCUGAAAUGGAUGCUUAUUUUACAUCUGUUGCUUCACUGAACCCUAGGUCAAGUAAAAGAAUAAUAAAAAUAGUACGAAGUAAUCAAAUGACCGCAGCACAAAAUGUGUUAAAAAAACAAAACGGUGUGGAUUCAUUCCUCAACCAUGAAGGCAGAAAGGAAUGUAUUACUAACAAAAGCACAAUUUUGAGUCGUUGUUUUUCUCCGUUGAAAUACAACCAACAGGUGUUAAAAGACAACUACAAUCUCUUCAUGAGCUCCAUUGGUGAAGAAGGAAUGCCAGACAAACUAUCGCCGAGUAAACUUGUUAAAAAAGCUAUAAAUGAAAAGCAUUAUGAGCAACUUAACAAAAAAUAUUACUCAAAGAACAACUCACAAACCUUAAAAACGUUCACCGAAAACAUCUUCAACUAUCCUAGUGACUGUGAUAGUAGUAAUCAUGUUUUGAUUAGUGGCAUAUCAAUAAAACAGGCAACCACAAAUAGUGGAUGCAUGUCGGUCCCAGAUGCGAAUGGUGGUCAAUUUGACGCAAUGCAACACCUAUCACCAUACACCAAAACUCCCUCUAUAAUGGAACAACCAUCUUUACCCAAUAGUGUGACUCAAAAGGAUGCCGAUCUCUAUAAACAAGUACGCGAACAAGCUGCAAAAUCAUUGGCAGAUAUGAUGCGAUAUGAUUCGAAGGCUUUUGCUAGGGAAACUACACCGGAACCCACCACGCCAACGAAGAAACCGCUACUUACUACCUUGCAAAGCCCGUCGAAAUUUAUGGCAGCCCAAGAACGGUGCCCUGCAGCUAUAGAGUUUGGAAAGUUCGAAAUCAAGACAUGGUACUCAAGCCCAUUUCCGCAAGAAUAUGCCAGAUUACCCAAACUGUUCCUUUGUGAGUUUUGCUUAAAGUACACGAAAAGUAAGGCUGUUUUACAGCGGCAUCAAGACAAGUGCUCAUGGCGUAACCCACCUGGGACGGAAAUUUAUCGGUGCAAUGAUAUUUCAAUUUUUGAGGUAGAUGGUAACGCAAGCAAGAUAUAUUGCCAAAAUCUUUGUUUGUUGGCGAAACUGUUUCUUGAUCACAAAACACUGUACUAUGAUGUGGAACCAUUUUUGUUCUAUGUAUUAACCAAGUAUGACAGAAAAGGUUACCAUUUAGUUGGUUACUUUUCCAAAGAGAAACAUUGUCAGCAAAAGUACAAUGUAUCGUGCAUUAUGACAAUGCCACAAUAUCAACGGCAGGGCUUCGGCAGGUUUUUGAUUGAUUUUAGUUAUUUGUUAAGUCGCGAGGAAGGCCAGCCAGGUACGCCAGAAAAACCGUUGUCUGAUCUAGGUCGUGUUUCGUAUCAUGCAUAUUGGCGAUCUGUAGCUUUAGAGUAUCUUUAUCACAACCGAGAUCGAGUUGUUUCUUUGCGAACGAUUUCACAAGAAACAGGAAUUGUAAUUGCAGAUGUAGCCUUAGCCUUUCAAUUGCUUAAUUUUGUAAAAUAUAUUAAGGUAGCUGAGGGUGCCUUUAAGGCCUAUAAACCACUGAUAUGUAUCGAUUGGAAUAUUGUCAAUAAGCACUGCGAGCGAGUGUUUAGAUCUAAAACGAGACGAUCGAUCGAUAAAGAGUGUUUACGCUGGACACCUUUAUUGUCUUGUAUUCCUUAUUUUCCCGAUGCUGAUACAACGACAGAUACUCAUACAUCUGACAAAAAGUUGAAAUCAGAAAAAGGUAACGAAAUUUGUUUUGGACCCGAGCUAGAACAUUCAAGUAAACAUCGUAUAUCUGUGGUAGCCGCCUUGCAAAGCGAUGUAUGUGAAGAAUUUAGAGGCGUCAAGAAGCGAGGAAAAAGGUUUCAUGCUUCCACAAAACCUUCCAAAUCUAACAAAAAGCCAGAUAAGCAAGGUGAAGCUCGAUCGCCUGCAAAUCUUUUGACUGGAAAUAAAGCCGUUCAAGCGGAGGUCAAAACUACGUCAUCUGGUCGUAAGCGUGUAAGGCCUAAUAAAUUUAAUGAAACAACUUUUCGAGAUACUUCGAAACCAAUACAAACGGAGAAUUCCGACUGGGGAAAGCGCAGAAGAUCUGAUCUUCUGGAGGGCGAUGAAGAGGAAAAGAAGCGUGCUCGUUUGGACGCCGAAAACGAGCAGCAAACCAAAAGUGCAUUGCAAAACGAACUAACAUUCACUAAUAGGACUAGCAUUCUUCGAAGAUCAAAGGAAAAUUCGCAAUCUGACAGCAUUAUCGAGCAUUAUUCGAACUCGGAUACGAGAAAAUGUAGAACUCUUCCAGAAAAGUCAGAUGUAUUCCAUUCGAAUAUUGCAUCAGAAACGAUAAAUAGCCUAGAGGCAGAUGCCGAAAGAUUUGUUGAAAAGGAUAUUGGAAAAGAAACUUUGAUCGAUACAACAAAACCUCCACAGAAACUUAAGCGUCGUGUUACUCAAAGAAUUGGUAGUCGGAAUUCUAGUAGAAUAGCAGCAUCUUCUACUCAAGAAACAUGCGCAGAUAGUGAUGGACAGAUGGUAGCGUCCCCCGUUGCGAAAAAGCAAAUUACUUUGCCUGAAAUGCUUCAGGUAAAACCUCACUUGCGACAAGCUCUAUCGCAUGAAGCGCUGGACGACUGUUCGAAGCAGGAAGAGGUCUUGAAUCAAUAUCAAACAGAAGUAAGCACAGCACAAAUAGAGGCUUUGUCUCCAGUGAACCGAAGAGGUAGACGAGUGAGUUCAUCCAGCGAAGUUUCCUCUGGUGAAGCUGAUGAUGAAAUGGAGGAAGAAACUGUAAAUCCGAAAAGGCGUGUUUCUUCGAAGGAAAAUAUCGCUGCACCUAUCACUGCACAGAGUUCGUAUGUUGAUAAGCUAAACGAUAAAGACGAAGUAAGUAGUUCAACAAUGGCCCAAUCUAAAAUGAUCGAGACGCCACAUAUGAAAAUGACGGAGAACAUAGGUGCGUCGAAACAGUCUCUCGCAGAUGCAGAAUUGAAGGUUGAUAAAUGUUCUGUCGAAAACGAAAUUGAGCAUCAUAAUCAAACGCAGGUGUCUGUCAUGAAUUCAACAGCUCAAUUAUUUCCCGAAAAUGCAAAAGUUGGCGAUUUGCCAAAUAUGUCUGAGUCUGGUUGUAACACAGCAUCGCUGAACGACAAGUCUUCUGAUGAUGAUACCUGUGCGAAAAAUGAAUCAUCGCUAGAAUUGAUAGCUGACGAAAAAACAGACAAUUUUCACACUGUCAAGGAUAAUGACCACGAAAUGUUAGAUCAACACCGUAACGAAUUGCAGCUAUCCGCACAAAAUACCCAAUCAAUAAGCACUCCCGUGAAAGAUCCUGAUUUAUCUAAUCGAUAUGUUUCUAUAAACAAUGAACGAAAAGAUGAAACAGAAGUACUGAAUACACCAUAUGAGUCUGAUUCGUUGAAUUCACCCACGAACCCAACUAAUAUUGCGUUUCUGGAUACAACCGAUAGUGUAACAGAGAAAUUAAAUGAAAAGGCUAUCCAACAGAGAUUGGGCUGUGCAAACACCAGUGUCUGUGACACAAACGAUUCGGGCAAAGAAGUUGAAAUAAAUGAGAAAACUUCUGUUAUUACUGAGUCAAAACAGGGAACAGAAGAUGAUGCGACGAAAAUGAUAGUGGAAACUAAAAUAAGUGAGGAUUUGAAAAAUGCGAUAAUACCUGUUAUCAAAGAAAAUGAACCAAAUAAACUAUCAGCGAAAGAAGCACAGCAAGUAAAUAUUUUUUUUCCGAUCAUAAGUCAUAAUAAUGACGGAUCAGGUAGUAACACUGCAAGCGUAUUGAAGAUUAACGAAAAUUACGAAAAGAAUAUGGAAAAUAGAAGACCUAAAAUUAUAAUUGACGUGAAAUCAACCGGUGAAUUGGAUAGGACCCAAAAUUCAGAGAUUGAAGCAAAACUUGAACAUUGUGCAUUUGAGCUUGGGGAUAGUAAAAUAGUUAUGAUGUCUAAACCUCAAGAACCUGCUGGUAAAUUGGAUGGAGACGAGAUUAAAUCUAAUGAUAAUGUUGCAACCACUGUUGAAAGUGUUGGUUCACAUAAGAAAAAGUUCAUAAAAAAUGCUGCAGAAGAAGCAAAUAAGCAAUUUGCGGAAGUUGAACAGCAAAAAGAAAAGACUGUCAUUCAGCAAUAUGAGGACGUGAAAGGUUUCAACAUAACUGUAACAGCAACUGUGGGAAAUAAUGUAAGCAGUAGAGAAGAUCAACUGAAUUCUAAAAAACCUGUAGAUAUUAAAAAAGAACAAUCUCCAACAAAGCUUUCAAAAAACGAAGUGACAUCACAACAAGCAGUUCAUAACCUAGAGAAAAGCAGAGUUUCGGAAAUAAGAUCACUCAACACCUGUCCCGAAAAUCAAACUUUUUCAAAAAACGUUGAUGAUGUCAGGAAAUCGAAAGAAAAAAAUUCAAAUGCUGAAGAUAUUAAGAAGAGUAAAUCAGAACAUAAAAGAAAUCAAACUGCUGCCAUAAAGACUGAGACUAAAAAUGAUCCAAAAAUACGAACAGAGCAAGAUAGUUUAAGCAACAGCAGCAGUAGUAAUAGCAGUAAUUGUGGCGGGAAUAUUUCUUUAAAAAGACCAGAAAGUAUUAAAAAAGAAGCACUCAAGAACAUAUCGCCCGCUAAUGCAACAAAUUGUUCUAAGAACAAUUACACGACUGAUCAGUUAAAGUCAAAUCAGCCCAUUCCAGACAACGGUAAGAUCACAGUUAAUGUUUCAACAAGUAAUUCUAACUCAAGAACAGACAAAUACACUGUGAAGCAUGCUAUUCACGAUGCCAAGACAAUCGAUCUCAACAAAAUAGCUCCUCAGUUUCCGCCGAUAAAUCAAUUACCCAAUUAUCAUACUACAUCACAAUACUGGCAGUUGGACCCCUAUUACCAAAGCUAUAAUCUGUCUCAUUUGGAUGCUACCAACCAGAAGUCUCCUAACAAGUUCCAUCUAGAUUUAGCUACAUCUAUGGCUUACGGUAGCUUUCCUUCGAAUCUAUAUCAGACCGCUUUCCAACAACAUCAAGAACAACAGUACCAACAACAUCAGCAGUCCUAUCAAGUGAAGGAAAGACCCCCCAACCAACGAUUAGAUAAAAAGAGUUUAUCUGGACAAACGAACGUUAAUAGUAGCAUCCCUGAUGUACACAAACAUAACAAAAACACAAAGGUUAUGGAGGAAUCGAAGUAUAAUAAAAAUAAUUUGGAGAAUCAAACACAGCAACAACUUUCGGGUGUUAACAUGAGCAUUGGUCUGGAUGGUAACUCCUGUGCAAAAAAUUCGAGUGUGCAGUUUAGUGGUCAUAAUGCAAUAAAAACAAAUUCUAAGACUAAAGUAGAACACAAAACCAGCGAAAAUUGUAUGAUAAGCAAAUCAAACCAACCUCAAACACAACAGACUGCGCAUACUAGUCAUCAAGUUGCAUCUUGUCAAAUUGCUGCAAUACAACAGCAGCAACACCAUAGUCAACAGAUGCUAACUAAGAACAUGCACCAACAGAUCGCAUCAUCGAAAGGCAAUUUUCAAAGUGAUGAAUUGAACCAACAGGAUAAUACAAACAACAAUUCAAACAUAUCCGCUACAGACAUUAAACACCAGCAUGGACCGGGUAGCCACAACGAGGUCCAAACAAUCGGAGUCUUUACACCAGACUCAACCACCAAUUCCGUGCAUAGUUUGCAUCAAUAUGGACAAUGUGAUUUGGAUGUCACUCAAUUGGGAUUGGAAUCACCUGCUAGUAUGUCAAGUGACAUUAACACCCAAAGCUCUGUUGAAAGCAUGAGACCUUCAAGUGUUUUGCCACACCAGGUUGGUCAGUAUUCGGAUUGCUCUAUUCAACAACAACAGCAUCAGUCCCAAAUGCAACAAAUGAAUAUGCAUACUCAUGUCCCUGCCUCUAGCCCGCAGCAGCAGUCGAUGGCAAUUAUUAAUAAUCAAAGCAUUGACAGUGCUACCGCUGGUACCAGAGGUAAAGUACAACAGCAACAAUUGGCACAUCAAAACAAUAGAAGUUCUAAUAAUAAUCGAUCAUCUACUCCUAAAGUUAGCAGGAAUACUUCUACCCCAGUUGGCAAUCAUCAGCAACAGCGUCACCAGAACCGUGCUACUCCACCAGUUGGAAAUGCUAUUCAACCAUUGACAAGUCCUGGUCAUCAUCAGCAGCAUCAACAGUCUCAGCAACAGUCGAUACAGCAACAAAAUGUGGCUCAACAACAACAUCAACAUCAAUUAGCGUUGCAACAGCAAAUGCAUCAAACAUACGGCCAUAUAUCGGGUUCAUCACUUAAUCACCAAAAUCACUCGCAAAAUAUGCAUCAGUCUGGUUAUAUUACAUCACAGUUAGGAAUUUCUAGUCAAGCUUACCCCCAGUCGCCAACCUCGUACGGAAGCGUCCCGAUGACUACUGUGAUACAGCAUAGAAUGUCCGGCAGUCACACGAGUUUAGCAACACCAAAUAGCCUUCAUAGUCCGCAUCAGCGUCUUGGACCAUCGCCUUCUUCUUGUGCCGUUUCGUCGGCAAACAACUUUUACAUCCAGUCGGGUAACGUUAGUCAUCCACAAUCACAUACACCAAUACCAACCCCAACUCCUGCACCAACUCCAACGCCUACACCAACGCCACAGUUGGACAAUUCUUGUCAGGCAGCAGGAAACAUCCAAGGAACAGUUAGUCAAGGUAAUGUAAUACAAGGUUCACUUUCAUGUCUCUCUAAAUUGCAACAACUGACAACUAGCGUUGACAUGGUAGGUCCAUCGUGUAAUACACCUCCGUCUGGAGCAGUAAACAUUACACCUCCACCGAAUCAUCAUUCGCACGUUGGUGGUUCAAUAACACCGUCUCCAUCAUCCCUCAUGAGUCAGCAAAACUCAGUAAGGAAUAUUUCGACACCACCAGCGUCCAUUCAAGCCCAGGUGCCAUCUCUUAAUUACCACAAGUACUACUCUGGUAAUAUGAACGUUUCCCCAAUAACUGGGUCUCAGAAUAGUCGCUUGUCGCGAAAUACAGCGUCCGCUCCCAUUCAACACAUGAGCAAUAGCUCGAGUCGAGUUAGCCCUAACGUUGCAAUAAGUCCAAAUCUCAUGUCACCUUAUAGUACACUAAAUACAGCAUACCGUAUGUCGGCUGCUCAGUCUGCACCCACCGGAGGUUACAUAACGAAUCCUGCGGCAGGUUUCAUAAAUAAUGCUACACAAAUUCCUGUCCAAAUGGGAGUUAUGAAUAUGCAAUCACAAUACCAGGAUCCUUCAGCAAUUCAACGGGCCCAGCAAAAUUCUAUGUAUCCAGCUGCUUAUUCAGCUUAUCUACCAGCCAUGAGACGAUAGGAUUAUAUAGGAUCUUCUCAAUUAAAAUUCGCAGCAUCGGCGAGAAGUCGUGAAAUGCAAUGAUUCAUUUAGAGAAGUUAAUUGAUUUAUAUGCUUAUUUUGUCCGUCCGUACGAUUUGGUCAAAUCUUUUUCCCAUGCGCAUUGAUCUCAAAAUUAUUUCGUUGCAGUAGCAUUCACCCAAUGAAGCCAUUAUUUUCUUUGUACAGAAGUUGUAAAUUAAGAGUGUAUGAAUAAUCUUUAAUACGAACUCCUAAAUCAUUACUCUCAAUUGUUGAAAUGAAAAGUACUAUAAUCAAUCAUCCCCUUCUUAGAAUACUAAAAUUAAUGCUGUUGACAUAGGUGUUAUAUUUUGAAGGUAGUACCUAGUAACCGAAUAAGAAUAGAUACGCGGAAAAUGUAAUUUUAGUAACUAAGCAUACGACAUGAUACGGAAUGCCUAUUUAUUUUUGAACAGAAUUGUGUUAUUUUAUUUGUUAAUAAAAGUUUGUAACAAUACGUUUAGCUAAGAUAUUAAAGAUAGAAUUUAAUUUAUAACGAAUUUAAAAUAUUCUCAAUUUUUUUUCAAGCAAUGGACGCUCGGAUCACUUGUAAAAUCUCGUCCCAAAAAAAACCAGCUUAAACAUCACUUAAAGAUGAGUUGAGAAUA